GGACAAUCCCACCCCCGGGGAAGGGGAUAUAAACUGGUGGGGUUUCCUUGGCCCUGCUGCUGGAGUCCGGACGCCCCCUCCCCAGUCGGACUCUCGUGGGUCGUGGGGAGAACCCAGAGGGCCUGGGGCUGUGAGGCCCUUGCUGAGCUAUGGGGCUGGGUAGGAAUGGGGAGCAGCGCUGGGCUGGGGGGUACCCCUCUCACCCCACUGGGUCACCCUGAGCUCCCCGGGGUCAGUAAGAGGCUCUGGCAAACUACCCAUGAUGCACCAGCGAAGUCACCCCCGACCUGGGUCUGGGAUGGGCAGCUCUGUCCGGGUAGGAGCGGACGGCAAGGACCCGGCAAUGCCAGCAGCACCAAGCACCCUGUGGGGUCACAACCCUCCUGUUGGGCCGGAACUGUCACGGGAUUGGCUUGAAAACCCUGCUGUCGGGCUGGAGCCUGGGAGCCGGAGCGUCGCUCUCCCUUCAAACCACAGCCAAGAGUCUCCCAAAAAUCACAGGACUCCGGGAGCCAGAGCCUCAGGGAGGCACCAAUAACUGUGAGACUCAACGCCGGACCCCAGAAGGCGACCGCCCGUGUCCGCAGCUCUGAGGGGCAAAGGGCAAAAGACCCUUCCCACGACACCUCAGGAAGGCUAUGCCGGGAUCCUUCCCACAAUCCCACAUGGUGGCGACACCAGGACCCUUCCCACAAUGCUGUGGGAUGACUACACUGGGACCUUCCCCACAAUCCCACAGAAUGGUGGUGCUGGACCCCGAUCCUAUGCGGAUGGAGCAACACGGACACAUGAUAACGCUCUCUCUGUUCCCUGCACAGAAAUGCUGCCCAGGCCCACAGUGACGCCAAACCAAACCCUCGUGCCUGAGAACGGGGCCUUCACCCUCACGUGUAACACUUCCCCCAGUGCUGACAUCGUGCUCUGGCUCCGGGACAGGGUGUCCCCCUCGGACAGUGAGCGGCUGGUUCUAUCCUCUGACAACCGGACUCUCACAGUGAUGAAUGUCACCCGGGGUGAUGCCGGCGCCUACCAGUGCGAGGUCGGGAACCCCGUCAGCACCAACCGCAGUGAGCCCAGCAACGUCACGGUGGUCUAUGGGCCGGACUCCGCCAGGAUAGAGCCACCAGAACUCCUCCCCCAGCCCUUGGGGUCCCUUGUGAGCCUGACGUGCGUCUCUGAGUCCGUCCCAGCCCCGCACUAUCGCUGGGUUCUCAAUAGCACUGAAUUAAAGGAGACCGGGAGCAGCUUGACCCUUAAUCUGACGAGCUUGGAUCAGCAGGGCACGUACAUGUGCCAGGCACAGAACCCCAUCACCAACCUGACCAAGAACAGCACCACCCUGGUAAUCCAGGUGCUGGAAAUCCUGCCCAAGCCCACGGUGACGCCAAACCAAACCCAGGUGCUGGAGAACGGGACCUUCACCCUCACGUGUAACAGCUCCACCAGCGCCGACACCGUGCUCUGGCUCCGGGAUGGGGCAUCCCUUGUGCCCAGUGAGCGGCUGAGGCUGUCCCCUGACAACCGGACCCUCACAGUGCCAAAUGUCAUCCGGGGCGACGCCGGCGCCUACCAGUGCGAGGUCAGGAACCCCGUCAGCACCAACCGCAGCGAGCCCAGCAACGUCACGGUGGCCUAUGGGCCGGACUCAGCCAAGAUAGACCAGUCGGGAUCCAUUACCCUCGGGUCCCCUCUGACCCUGACGUGCGUCGCCGACUCCGUCCCAGCCCCGAGCUAUCGCUGGGUUCUCAACGGCACCGACGCUAAGGGGACUGGAAGCAGCUUGACCAUUAACUCCAUUACUCAGGAUCACCAGGGCACGUACACGUGCCAGGCUCACAAUCCCAUCACCAACCUCACUGCCUCAGCAUCUGUGGAUGUGCGGUUAACAUCGCCUCCAGACUCCAACGGAGGCCUGCCACCCGGAGCCAUCGCUGGGAUCGUCAUCGGGUCGCUGGCCGGGGCGGCGCUGCUCGGGGUCCUGCUCUACUUCCUGCUCCGCAAAACUGGAGGGGGGCCCAAGCAGCACCCGCCCGUUGGAGGCCAGGCCGCCCCCGCCCCCAAUCAGGGCGUCUGUGACAACAAACCUACCUUGGGUGACGAAGACAUUCAGUAUUCUACACUCGCUUUCACCGCAGGAGACCAGAAGCCACCGCCCGGGCCCGAGCCCCCCCGGGAGAGCGGCACCGUCUACUCAGAAAUCAGAAAGAAAUGACUGUGAUUUGCUUGGGA